UAUUUUUUCGAGGUGGCGAAUCAUCACGAUCGCGCAUUCGUACAUCCGGAGAUGGUGAUCUCCUCCUUCGAGGGGGGCUAUCAUACGAAGCAGAGGAUGAACGACGUCUUCUCUUCGGUGAAUCAUCACGCCUUGCCCGUGAAUCGUAGCUGGGUGGUGGCCGUCUUCGUGGACUCCGGCUCCGGCUCCGAGAACGUGAACGAGGUGACCAAAGAACUUGGCAAUGAUGCGCAGGCGGUUGGUUUCGUACCGGUGAAUGGUCUCGUAGUAGGUUCCAAAGGCUUGGUCGAAACAGUCGUACCACACCCGAUUGAGCUUGCAAAGGCGCUCGCCAAUCAAUCCGUAGUAGCGAGAGACACCAUGUCAGCAUUGAAGAUGAAACAGUAA